UCUCCUUAUUUAAAAGGCAAGCUAAUAAAGAAAAAUGAAAUUGUAUUAUGUACUAUUUUUUUUUUCUCCUUCAUAGAGACUGAAGAAGAGAGCAGAGAAAACGUUGCAAAAAGGGGAGGAUAUCUAUAAAAGGAAGGCGAAGGAGAGAAAAAGAGGUCUCAUCAGUGGUGAUAUAGGAAGUUUGUGUUCAGAAGGGCUUCCUGAUGAAGCCGACUGCUCUGCUGCGUUGAAUAUGGGAUCAUUUAAUGCUGAAAAUGGUUUUGGCGGCACCCAGUUGUCAAGCAGGGAACUAGGUUUAAAAGAAGAACCUGGAACAUGCAAUGCGUGUGUUUCUUCAUUUUCACCGUGUGUGUCCAAACAAAUGGCAUUGACAGCAACAAAGACAAAUGAGUUUCUAGGCAAAGCCUGUCAAAAAAAGGAUAGUAACCAUUACUCUUUUAACGAUGCUGAUUUGUCAUCUCCUCGGAUGAAUAGAGCAUGCAAUGAUAGACAGCGUACAAGCAGUGAGUCAAGUCAUCCUCUCAGUGUAUGCUUGAGUCGCGAAUCCUUCUCUGAUGUUGUAGAGAGUGAAGAAACGUUGAGGGAUUGUAACACCUAUGAGAGCAUCAAGAUGAUUACAAAAACAAACCUGCCUUCGGCUUGUGCAAAUAAUAUUGGGCCACUGAAAGCACCAAUCUUUCAUAAUAAAUUUGUUCCCAAUAAGUUUGAGAAACAAGAGUCAGAAUGCCUUGGAGAUAAUAUUUCGUUUGUGUGUGUAUCAGACUAUGCAAAAACAAGGGCUGCUGACCAUACUAGUGAUGCAGACAAGAAAAAUGCAUCUUACAACUCAGCUUCAGUUGAUAGGUUCCCUGGGACUGAAAAGGAAGUUAACGUUCAACCUGCUUGUUUUCUAGUUGGUAGUCCUUGUGGUGAUGUAGAUGAUAAUCAUCCAAGGAGAUCAAACAGAUCGUCCAUUGAAUCUUCCCAGGAGAUUUUGUAUUGUUCAAACAAGUCAGAUCUUUCAGAAAUUUCAUCUUUACGAGAUUCAUGUGCUGGUGCCAGCUCAGCAAAGAGAGAACAUUCCGAGUGUUCUGAGGAACAAGUCCAAUCAUCUUUUGCCAGAACAGGUGCUGUACAGGUUGGCAGUCAGAUCGGUGAUGGACAUAACUAUGCUGAAUCUAUGGAAGUUGAUAAUAGAACAAAUGAAAGAGAGCAAACAGCUGAACUAAAGUCCACUACAGUGGCUAAGGAAAUUAAUAUGGAGGAAACUAAUAUUGGAUCACAGCCUGCUGCUGCUUGUAGUGAUGCACCAGACAGCAUUGAGUAUGAAGUCAAAGUUUGUGAUAUAUGUGGUGACAUAGGUCGAGAGGAGUUGCUUGCUGUUUGUAGCAACUGCAGUGAUGGAGCAGAACACAUUUAUUGUAUGCGUGUGAAGAUGGACAGUGUUCCCAAAGGUGAUUGGAUGUGUGAGGAAUGUGCGCUCAGUAAAGAAACUGAGAGGCAAAAACAAGACAAAAUGGAGGGAGGAGUUAAGAUUUUAAAAAAAACACAUGCUUCAGAAUCAGAAACCAAACCUUUGGAGGUCGAGGAAAGUGAAGCACAUAAAGUUAGUUCAACUCCUUCAUUUACUUCGAAGAGACCUUCUGGCAGUUUACAAGCAGUUAGGAAUAAGGCUUUUGGAACAGAUUUGAAAUCACCUACGACAUCGAGUUGCAGCAGCAAAGUUUCGAAUCAUCAAUCUGGAGGCCACUCUUCUAGCACUACUCCGAGAAUUGUGUGCUCGCCUACUGAAUUAAGGAGUAAAUCACUUAAAUUGCCAUCACAAUAUCAGGUGUCAAAGGGAUUACUUUCCAAGUCCAAAUCAUUCUCUAAUAGGAGCUUAAAAGAAGAUGUCCAACUGCUGAAGGAAGGCAGUUGUGGCAAUGAAGGCUUGGCUAAAGGAACUGCUGCUAGUGAGAGUGAGAGGAGGAUUAAAACGGUGUCUAAAUCCAUGUCAUUGAAGAAUAUGAGCUAUACUGUGAAUAAUAGUAAUCAUGACACUAAAUUACUUCCCAACUCUUCUCGCGUUGAGGAUUUGAAGAGAUCAAGGCAUCCAAAAGGACAGUCUCCAAUUAAGACAGAAAAGAAAUUGAAAUUAUCCAACAGCAAUGCACUUGCAUGGGCUGAUAAAAGAAUUGCUUCUGUCAAAAAUGGUUUGGCAUGCCCUUCCAGUUCCUUGUGUCAUGAUUUAGUGGAUGUGAAAGGUCAUGAAACAUCAGAUAAUUCCUUAAAAACAUCUAGUACUUCUGCACAAAAAAGUUUUCUGACUGAAGAGAAAAAGAGAGUUCUUAAUGUGAGGCACUGUGUUGAGUACUCUACAGUGGUACCUGCUAUCAGUAAAAAGCAUUCGAGUGCUGCUGUGCAGUCUGAACGGCCUUGCCCGAGAGAUUCAACUAUUUUUGCUUCUGGAGUACAUGUGCCUUCUUGGAUUUCUGUUGUUCCACAGCUUGAUUCUAUAUGGCAAGGCAAGUUUGAAAUUCAAAGGAGUGGUGGACUUCCAUUUACUUGUGAUGGACUGCAAGCACACUUGUCAACUUAUGCCUCACAUAAAGUUCUUGAAGUAGUGCAGAAACUGCCUCUAAAACUGUCGUUGGAGGAAGCACCUCGAUUGAGCAUGUGGCCCACUCAGUUCAUGAAAAGCCAUGCCACUGAAGAUAAUAUUGCGCUCUACUUUUUUGCAAAAGAACUUGACAGUUAUGAAAGAAGCUAUAAGAACUUGUUGGAUAGGAUGAUUAAGUAUGAUUUUAGCCUCAAAGGGAACUUUGGCGGGUUUGAGCUUUUAAUAUUCCCCUCGAACCUACUUCCAGAAAAAUCUCAGCGUUGGAAUAACAUGCUGUUUUUAUGGGGUGUAUUUAGAGGAAAGAGGGUUCAGUGCUCAGAACAAAUUUCAGCCAUGUCUGCUUCCGAGAAAUUGUUCCCACCUGGAAAGUCAAGUGAAAGUUUAUCUGCAUUGAACUCCAACGCUUUCCCGGACUCAAUGACAGUGGCUUCUGGAAAAAAUGCUGAAGUUUGUGAAACCAAAGAAUCUUCUUCGGAACAGAAGAUGAAUGCCCCGGAUGUACAAAUAAGUAGUCAGCAAGUGGGCAUAAUCGACUCAUCUCAGUGUUUCAUGCAGAGAGAAGAAAGAGAGUCAAGAAAAAGACCUGAAAUUGAUCUCAACUGUUCUCUUCAAGAAAAACAAGAAUAUUUUGCAGAUCAUGUGGAGGCUGAUGAUACUAAUGACGGCAAGAGAUUAAAGAGUUGUUUUGGUGGAAUGGCUGUAGAUAGGAAUAGGAUAAAAGAUAUAAUAAAUGAUAGAUGUUCCCUUCCUGUAAAUGGCAGAGGCCCUACCAUCUACGGCAAUGAAGUGUAUGAUAUGUCGCUAGUUCCUCCAGAAUCGGAUUCAAUCGGUAAUAAGUAUAGCUGGAAGCACUUGUUGCAGCAGCAAGUUCUUUCAAAUGACAGUGGGAAACAGGUAAAGUCAAGUGUUUCAAAUCUUGAGCUUGCCCUUGGGGUUGAAAGGAGCCUUUCAGCUCACAGAAAUAUGCCCCCAUCUUUUAUGGUGAUGAGCAGUGGGGAUCCACGAGACGAGAUCUCCGACACUAAUCCUUCACUUGCUCUUUCCCUUGCAUUGCCUUAUCCUAAGGCAGGCGGUAGCGGCAGUGGCAGCGGCACCACAUUAAAACUUGCUUCAGACAUGAAGUUACCCAAGUGCCAAGAGGUGAACACUACACUGUCGCUUUUUGGUGGCUCUUCAGAAUCUUAGGUAUACAGUUAUGGGUGUUUGUAAAUAGAGCUCUCAGGACAGUUUUAUGAUAGUUUCCAAACUUUCUAUAUAAUAUGAAAAACAUACACAGAAGAAGACUUUCUCACCACUUAUAUUAAUAAAUAGUUACACUCAAUUAAAUUA